ACUCGCCAGUAGCUGCAACGAGCAAACAGUUCUUGUUAGCACGCAGUAAAGUGAGGAUCUUUUCGAAGAAUAUGAACUUAAACAUCGAAGCUGUGCAACUACAACAAAAGUAUUUGGAGCAGCGAAUCCAGCAGCACUCCGUUAAUUCAUUCCCAACGCGCUUCAGUGAUUUCUCGUAUGCCUCCUCCGAGGAAGAUGGUUCGCAGCAAUACGCAAGCAGUCCCAGCUACACGCUCUCCAUCAUCAGCACUGGCACCGAGAGCCACGCGGACGUGGGUAGUCACAAAGAAAACCACCUGUUGCUGCACGAUUGGCCCGCCACCGCAUUAAGCUACACGGGAAAUCGUUCGUUGCAACCAAUAACACAGGCGAAUCAAUUCUUUGCCAACUACAACUUCAACCCGCCACAGCAGUCGCUGCAUCAUCAACUCAAUGCCAGUAUUGCCGCCUCCGCCGGAGAGUGCUCCGCAAGCACGACGCCCAGUAAAUCUGGUUCACCUAUAUCCGCAAAAUCUGGCAAAUGUAACAAACGUGCAGCAACCCAUCUGCGCAAGGACUCAAGCUCGAAGAGAGCAGACGCCACCACAAAGCCACCCAGCCCUAGCGUGCUUAAGCGCCGACGCCAAGCUGCCAAUGCCCGCGAGCGCAAGCGUAUGAAUGGCCUAAAUGAGGCCUUCGAUCGGCUGCGUGAGGUGGUGCCUGCUCCAACCAUUGACCAGAAGCUGUCCAAAUAUGAGACGCUGCAAAUGGCGCAGACCUACAUAGCGGCGCUAUGUGAGAUGCUGGGCAGCGAACUCGACGCAGCCAACUAUGCGCUGCAACGCGGCGAGCACAUAACAUUUCAGGAGGACAUUCGAUUGCAGUGAAUUUGGCAGAACUCUUUGAGGUAGAAGCAAGAAAAAAGUAUGUACUUUGAUGUGUGCUGUGCAGUUUUAAACCAAAGCAAAGAGGUGCGCGUGGCAGGAGUGACCGACCGCCGCUAUUCGCUCAUUAGUGUUAAGUGAAUGUGUACUAAAUAAGUAAGAAAUAUUUUAAUUUGUGAAUUUAU